UUCCCCGGACAAGUUCGGCUGAGGCGUGCACAGGUGGCAGCCGCCGCCGCUGCCGCCGAGCCUGCCAAAGGGGAGCCUGCUCUGGGGGGCAGCGGCGCUCUCCUCCCGCCCAGCUGCGGCCGGCCAUGGAAGGCGCCGCGGGAGAAGGGGAGGCAGUAGCAGCAGCAGCAGCAGCAGCAGCAGGAGCCCCGGCCUCGCCAGCAGCCCUCAUCCAGGAGGGCUGGUUCCGCGAGACCUGCAGCCUCUGGCCCGGGCAGGCCCUCUCGCUGCAAGUGGACGAGCUCCUGCAUCACCGGCGCUCGCGCUUCCAGGAGAUCCUGGUCUUCAGGAGUAAAACCUAUGGGAACGUUUUGGUCCUGGACGGCGUCAUCCAGUGCACAGAGAGGGAUGAGUUCUCGUACCAAGAAAUGAUUGCUAACCUGCCCCUGUGCAGCCACCCAAAUCCACGGAAGGUGCUCAUUAUCGGCGGCGGUGAUGGGGGCGUCUUGCGAGAAGUCGUGAAGCAUCCAUCGGUCGAGUCGGUAAUACAGUGUGAAAUUGACGAGGAUGUGAUUCAGGCAUCCAAAAAGUACCUUCCGGGCAUGGCCUUGGGCUAUGCCAGUCCAAAACUCACCUUGCACGUCGGAGACGGCUUCGAGUUCAUGAAACAGAACCAGGAAGCCUUCGACGUGAUCAUCACAGACUCCUCUGACCCCAUGGGCCCUGCCGAAAGCCUCUUCAAGGAAUCCUAUUACCAGCUGAUGAAGACAGCUCUGCGGGAAGACGGAAUUCUCUGCUGCCAAGGCGAAUGCCAGUGGCUGCAUCUCGACCUCAUUAAAGAGAUGCGCCAGUUCUGCAAGUCUCUGUUCCCGGUGGUAGAGUAUGCUUACUGCACCAUUCCCACCUACCCAAGCGGGCAGAUCGGCUUCAUGCUCUGUAGCAAGAACCCGAACACGAACUUCAGGGAGCCUGUCCAGCGGCUCUCCCAGGAGCAAGUGGAAGCGAUGAGCCUCAAGUAUUACAACUCGGACGUCCACCAGGCAGCUUUCGUCCUGCCAGAGUUUGCACGAAAGGCCCUGAGCACCGUGUGAAAAGCCAGGCGGGCACCUCUGCCCCUCGCCUCGAACCCCUGAGGAUCUUGAAGCAACAACCGCGUGGCGGAUUUCCUCUGGUGGGCCGUUUGGCAGCUCCCGGUCUGCUCAGGCCUCAGCCAAACAUUCCAAUGAUGUAUUUUUAAAAAAACAACUUUGGCGGGGGCUUGCUCCCUGGCAGGGACAUGGGCAACCAGCUCAGGCCUUGUCCGCCAGUUGCUUGAACGACACUCUCUUUCUCCAGGACGGGGAGCAUAACUUUGGACCCUCGCCAGCUUCCUUUUUAACCUUCACCCCGCCGCUGAAAGCGCUGUAUUUAUAACUGACAUGUAUCUUUGGGGGGAAGGAUCAGACGCUUGUGAUGGGGGGGGCGACCUGGGUGGGGCGUGAGCCGCUCUGGGGUCCUGGGUGCCUCCCGUUUCUCCACCCCACACUCCUCCAGCCUACAUCACGCCUUACAAUGUACCUCUCUCCGAAGCAGGACGCGAUAGCAGCCCAGCAACUCUCGGAGAAGGUCUCUUGUGGCGUUUUUUUAAUUGGCCUAAUUUUGCGGCUUGAAGAAUCUUUCCCCCAGUAGCGUGGGAAUAUUUGGGGUUUUUAAAAAUAAAUAAGUGAAAGAGGCAGUUACGCUUGGGGUGGGCAGCAUGUUGAAGUUGUAGACACUCUUCUGUAUGUUUCAACCCAUUACUCGCCAGUAAACAGUGACUCGUUUGUAAUGAGAGCAAACACCUUCCCCAUAGCCUUUCCAAAAGAUUGGCAGCCUAGUCAGAUUUUAACACACGCAUACAGCUAUUUCACAGUUGCCAUUUGUAUUCUUACCAUCAUUAGUACAGGGGUUCUCAAACUUGGGUCCCCAUAUGUUGUCGCAGGGGGUGAUGGGAGUUGUAGUCCAACAUCCAGGAACUCAAGUUUGAAUAGAAUCGUGUCUCUUCCCUGUUUGCUGGGGAGCUUAGAAACAACUCUCUCAAGGCAUUACUAAAUACAUACAUUCCCACCUGUGGGGGUUUUUGGGUGGGUUUUAUUUUUUUGGAGGCCAGAAUUAAGGGGAUAUUUUUAACAAUGGAAGUGAGACCCUCUUCUUAGCCAAGAUUAGAACUGGAGUUUGUAUCUCAACAUCUUUCGGAAGGAGGAUCUCAGCCUGUGCGCCUGUCUGUGUCUCUUCUUUUUAGCGGUAUAUAUUUAGAGCACGGGUACACAAUUUUUAAAAAUGAGGCUAAAACGGUUUAUCUCUGGUUUUUAAACUUAGCUGAAUGGCUGCUGGGAGCUCCUGGUUUCAGCCUGCUCUUCCAUCACCUUAACUCUGCCCUAUACUGGGAGAAAGGGAUGCCCAAAGGUUUUUGUUGGUGGCUUUUGUUUUUGGAAGAGGGGAAUUCUGGUUCUCCCUUACAUAUGAAGGGCAUCAAUUGGCUUGAAGCCCGAGGACAUGAGCGGCAGAAAGGGGGGAAACCAUAUUUCCCAUUUAUGCUUCCAGCGGGUUAAACACAUAGCAUGGUCUGUUCCGUUUACACUGGAGUCUGGUAUUGUAUGUAGAAGACAACAUCAUGAGACUCUGUGUGUGUAUUAUAUGUGUGUGCGUCUCUUAAAACUUUUUCAAGCACUUCUGCCUGGAGAAGUGGGUGGAGAAUGAAACGAAAUUUCCAUUAGCAGUAGGGAUGCUGUGCUGGUUGGAGCGUGAUAUGCAGAAGGCAAAGAGGGAAAGGUAGGGGGUGUCUGGGGAGCAGGAUCCAGACAGGGGCUAGAAUUACACCCUUAUUCUGUAUGUAUACCCCACUCCUCCAGUGCAUUCCUGCUCAAGGCGGCUCGCAGAAUCAGUAAAACAGCUGCACAAUAAAAUCAAAUGUAGAGCAAUCAACAAAAAACAAGCCUCAGUUAAAAACAAAUUCGAGAUUCCAGGUGGGAAACUUAAAACCCACCAAGCCAUCCUUGCCAAGGGUAAUUAUUUGAGUCUUUCCAUAGUGUCUUGUUUGGGAGAGGUGGGAACGGAGCAAAUCUGGGUGCAAAGAGGAAGCAUCCUGUUCACAUAAGGAUUUUCAUUUGGGCCAGGAUGAGCAUCACUUGGCAGCCUAUCCAAGGAAAACGGGACAGCAAUAUUGGCUGUAGCCAGAAGAUGGAGAUGUUUCACUUCCUCGGUGCUUUUGCCUGUCUAGGCCAAGAAAUGCCUCCACUCUAUUUUUGCAGAACUUGCUGCAUUACGCCACCAACUAGUGGCAAAUUAUUGUAUAUUCGAAAUAAAAUCCCGGCUGCUCUUUA